AUGAAUUUUAAUCUUGAUGAUCCAUUAGCAGGAAUUUUGAGUGACGGUAGUGAUGAUAGCUUCUUUGAUGAUGAUAUACUAGGAAAGAAAAAGCCUCAAAAGAAAAGUAACACUCCUAUUGCAGCGAAGAAGACAGCUUUGUUUAAUUUAGAUGAAACAAAGACACAGGAGGGUAAUGCCAUCAUUGAUGAUAAAAAAUUAGUCGGAGAUAAAACUCUUAAGAAAGAACCAACAUUUGAUUUAGCUAAAAAUGACUCUUUAAAAGCUGCCACUUCGACGUCAUUUAAACAGUCUAUUACGAAGGAGUCUAUCUUUCAGCAAAGUGAUGCCAAAAAUAAACCAACUUCUAAUAAAUUGGAACCUAAAUCUCCUGCAAAACUUAGUACGAGUGUUGAUAAGUUAAAUUUUUUAAACGAUUUAAGUGGAGAUGUAAAAAAAGAAACCGUGAAACCUCAGGAUAAAAGCAAAGGUUCCCAAUCUUUAUUAGACGAUAUAUUGGGAGCGCCGUCUACCAAAGGAGUUUCCAGUCAACCUACAAGAUCAACAGCAAGUAAAAAUCAGGAUUUUGAUAUAGAUUCUUUUCUGGGUAAUUCAGAAUCCAAGCAAACAGUACCAUUAAACAAAACCGUUGUACAAAAACCUUCAGUCAAAACUGAUACGCCUAAAGAAUCGUCUAAUAUUCAGCAUAAAAAAACAAAAUCUAAUGAUGAUUGGCUAGGAAUAUUUCAAGACGACGAUAACAAUAAUGACAUGGACGAGCAAGAUGAUGACGUUCCGGCUUGGCUUGGAGGAGCUUCGAGUAGAAAGAAAAAAAAUAUGAAAGAAUCAAAACCGGAAAAGCAGAAUAUAGUUGCAGAAGAACCUAAGCCAAAUGUAGAAGUUGUUGAAGAGUCUCAACAAAAUAAAAUUCUAGAAACAAAUAUAGACCAAGUUAAAAAAAAUACAGAGAUUUUGAAUUUACCAUCGUUAGAUACUAAAGAAGAUUUAACUAUGGAAGGAGCUGCUCUUUACUUACAGCAACAAGAAUCACAGCUAAUGGUAGCUUUGCAAUUAAAAGCGCAAGAUGAAAAACUAGCCGCCAUGCAAAUGCGUCAAAAAGAAAGUCAAAGAGUUCAACGUGAAGCAGUACUGGCUCAGCACGAGCAGCUCGACGCCAUGUUGCGUCGUCAGUCGGAGAACAGACAGCAGAUGCAAGCCAUCAUAAGUGCGCACCAGGAGAGAAUCACACAAAGGAUAAAGGCUUUAUUAGGUGAUACGAAUAUUGAAAAUGAAGAAGAACACGGAUUGACAAAUGAUUAUGAAGAAGCAGAACGGAAAGAAACACCAUUCACAAGAGAAAGGAAGCAGUUGUUGCAACUUGUGCAAUCCUUACAGGAAAAUCACGACAAAGAGAUCGAUCUAAUGGAGACUUCUUAUAGACGUCAGCUCGCUUUUCUAGAAGUAUCGUUCAUGCAAGCAGAAGAGAGAAUGAAAGAAGAAAGUGAAAAAUUAGUCAAGUUUUAUAUGGAAAAGAUCAGUUGGUUGAACGACCACCAUCAGUUAUACAAGAAAAUGUCGGAAGAGAACUUAAGUUCCUUAAUAGAAAGACAUAAGGCUGAAAAUGAUAUGUUGAGAGAACAACAUUUGGAAAAUAUCAAAAUAUUGCAAGAACACCAUGCUGCGUUGAUGGAAAACGUUAAAAAUGCGGUAAAGCAAGAGCAAAUACUUAUUAAAGAUUCAGCUAGUUUCUCGUCAGAUCUACAACAGUUAUUGACAAAUGUCAAAGAAGGUAAUGAGAGAUGUGACCAACUUUAUGAGAAAGUUGAACUGUUGAGUCAAAAUACACAAAAGGACACCGAAAAAAGUAUGCAGAUAAGAGAAUCGCAAAUAACAGGUAUGCUCGAACAGUUGAAAAAAGAUAAGGUGAAUUUUGAAAACGAGAAGUCGGAGAGUAAGGAGAUGGUCAAUAUGUUGGAAGCACGGCUUAAGCAAAUGACGUCAAUGAUUGAAGAAGAAUCUGCUUCGUUGAGGCAGAAGAAAAUGGAGUUUGAAUUCGAAAAAGCGACGUUCAACAAACAGACAGAGUUUGCCAAAAAUAUAUUAAAGAAACAAGAUGAAGAAAUUAAGAUGUUAAAAGAGGAUAUUCAGAAGGAAUACUAUGAGAAGAAAACGAGAAUAGAUGAGGAAAAAGCGAAAACGUUAAAAGAUAGCGCCCUCGUCGCUAAAGAGAAAGCUUCUAUACAAAGUUUAAAAAUGGAACUUGAGAAAACGAAAGCAGAACUGAAUGCGCAAUUAGAAGAGGUGGCGGAAGAAAGGUCGAAGUUAAAUGCGGAGAAACAAGAGUUACAUAUUGAAGAGCAAAGAGUUUUAUCAAAGAGUAGAGAUCUAGAUAUAUUAGCCAAGACGGCAAUGGAUAAACAAUCGCAAGCCGACAAAAAGUCCUCGGAAGCUGAUUUCUUACAAAAGAAAUACGAAGAUAGAAUAAGUAGGAUACAAGAGCACGUAGUGUCGUUGAAUUGUAGGGAAAAGCAAAUAGCAAAGGAAAAAGUUGCUCUGUCUAGAGAGAGACUGAGUUUGCACAAUGAAAGGAAAGAAUUGGAAGGAAAACAGUGUUCGUUAUGUAAAAACAGUCAAUUUACCCAAAAUUCUAAUUUUACGCCGGUUUCAAGGAAUUAUGGCUUCCAAGCAUACCCGGUGUCAAGGGAUUAUGGCGUUUAUAAUUCUAUGAGUAAUGUGGAAGCCGAAAUUAAUCAGUUGAUGGGAAGAGUCAGGGAAGAGAGAGAAGUAAGGGAAGAUUUGGAAGAUAUAGGCCAAGUGCAAGAAGCUAGUAGUUUUAAGGAUUACAUGGAUCCCAAGUUUAUGAUGUUACGAUUGGAUGUCCAACAAGUUAUAAGCAAUUUGGAUCUCACUAAAAAAGAUGCAGUGGAUAGAAAUGAGCAGCAAGAA